AUGGGGAGGCUCAAGAAUGAAGAAAAGCCAGAAGAAGAAAAGGAGGAUCUCUUUAGGCAUUUCAGCCAUGAACACCCUCUGGAACUCAGCUGUAAUACAAGCGAAACAGGUCAAAUUAUAUGUGUUGGGUGUGGCAUCCAUGUACUUCCAGGAAAAGCCUAUUACGCCUGUAAAACAUGCCGCUUCUCUCUUCAUAGCGCCUGCUAUAACAUGCCCAGAAAAGUCCAUCACCCUGCAGACCCCGGCCACGACUUGAUCCUCCUUCUCAUGCCCUCCUUCGCCUGCAAAGCCUGUGGAAAACCCGGCUCUGGAUUCGCAUAUAACUGUCGAAUUUGCCUUCAAAGUUACCAUAGUUUAUGCUCAGUUUUGCCACUUUCUACCUCCCAUUACUCCCAUCCCCAUAUCCUAAACAUCGAGUUCUCGCCUCCUUAUGAUGGUGUCAAGGGCUUUCGCUGUGAUGUAUGUAGGAACCUCGGGUAUGACCAUUGGCUGUACCGUUGUGGCCCUUGUGGAUUCGAUGUGCAUCUCAACUGUGCCUUGUCUAACCAACCGCCUCAACCCCAGAUGGUGUCCAGUGAUAAUCGCUUUAAUCACAGAAGCAUACCCUCAAAUGGGGUUCAGCCAAAUCAGAAUGUUACUUUUGUUCCAGCCAACGUCCAGGGAACCAAUCAAGUAGUAUAUGUUCAGGCAAAUGGAAUGGCGCCCAUGGCUCCUCCACAGGCCUAUCCAGGGUACUAUUAUGGUAACCAGAUGGCUGUCAAUGGUCAGAAUCAAGGUGGAAUGAAUGGGAUGAAGGGGCUGCUUGUGGGAUCUGUUGCUUCAGGCAUGGGCCAAGCAGUAGCCCAAGAGAUUGUGCAUAGUGUUACAAGUGGAUGGGGCAAUGGAUCGGGUUCCUCAGGUAACGGUGAUUCGGAUAUAGCGAGCUCUUGGGUUGGGGGCGGAGCGAACUACAUUUAAUGAAUCAUGUUCUAAAUUUGGUUCAUCAGAAGUAUAUUUGUAUCAGAGUUUGGUCCUUUCAUCAUUUUGGACUUUGUGAGUAGGUGUCUUUGUUUUGCUCAACAAAAUGCGUAAUCCUUCUGUAAUUUACCUGUUCUUGGAAUGAAUUCAGCACAAUGGAAAGAAAUAUUAUUGCUUAGGUU